GUUAGCCCACCACAUUAUACAAUCCAUGACAAGUCAUUUUUGUUACUUGUAUCAAUUGCAGUGGAUUCUACAUGAUUGGAACGAUGAUGAAUGCAUCCAAAUCCUGAAGAAAUGCAAGGAAGCUGUUCCAGAAGAUAAUGGAAAGGUGAUAAUCGUUGAAGCUGUGAUUGGUGAAGUGAAGGACGACAAGCUUGAGUAUGUUAGGCUGAUGCUAGAUAUGGUGAUGAUGGCUCACACUAAUACAGGUAAAGAGAGGACCUCAAAGGAAUGGGAAUCUGUUAUUCAGAAGGCUGGCUUUCGCUCUCACACUAUCAAACCCAUUGGUGCUGUGCAGUCUAUUAUUGAAGCCUUCCCUUGAUGUUUAACGCAGGUGUGGGCUUGCUUAAAAAUUUCCUUUUAUCAUUGAAACCAAUAAUGGCAUGUGCCAAUUAAUUAUUAAAUCUUUCUUUUUCUUUUUUCUUUCUUAUGUUUGUUUGCCUGUUGUGAGUUGGAUGUAUUGCACCCAAGAUAUAUGCGGUGGGAUUUGCUGCUAGUAAAGAUGCUAUCCAGAAGAGUAA